AUGGCCAACAAUUUUCAAGACUUGCGCAACACUGUCAAAGGCGUUAUCCUCACGCCCGGCGACGAAGGCUACCUAGAAUCCCUCAAAAGAUGGAGUGAGGCAAGUGUUAAACCCGCAGCUGUGGUAGUCCAGCCAGACAAUGCAGAAGAAGUCUCAAAAACAGUCAAAUAUGCUACGGCCAACGCCAUUCCUUUGACUGUCAUGAGCGGCGGCCAUGCAACUAGCGGCUCAUCGUCGUCAGACGGCGGCAUGGUUCUGGAUCUUCGACGCAUCAACUCAGUGCACGUGAAUCCCGCCGGACAGACUGUCACAUUCGGCGGCGGCUGCAAAUGGGCGCAGGUUGACGAGGCAUGUGCAAAGCAUGGCCUGGCCACUGUUGGCGGAACAGUUAACCAUACAGGCGUGGGAGGCUUUAUUCUCGGCGGUGGCAUGGGUUGGCUGACGCCAAAGCUUGGCCUAACCAUUGACAAUUUGCUCAGUGCACAAGUCGUUUUAGCCGACGGUAGCAUAGUUACGGCCUCCGAAAAGGAGAAUGAUGACUUGUUCUGGGCAUUACGUGGUGCCGGACAGAACUUUGGCGUCGUCACAAGUUUCACUCUUCGACUAUACCAUCAGGAGAAAGUCUACGCAGGACCUAUCAUCUUCACUCUCGACAAACUCCCCGCUGUCGUCGCCUUCACUAACUGGUUCCACCACAAUCACACCGGCAACGAGGCCUUUUGGGCUGGAGUAUGCGGAUCAGCACCUGGAGCCUCCGAUCCUGCCAUCAUGUGCAUGGUUUUCCGGAGCGGUAGCCAGAAGGAAGGCGAAGAGUUCUACAAGCCGCUGCUGAACCUAGGUCCACUCAACGUACUGGCUGCCGAGAUGCAGUAUCACAAGGCCAACGAUCUCGUACCUCAUUGCGAAGAGCGUGUGCGCCGGCUUCAGGGCGGUGCCAACUUUGUUAUGCCUCUGGAUGUUGACUUUGUGCAGCGGAUAGCCGAUGAAUUUUUGGCCUUUGUGGAGGACAAGGGCAUUGGGGGUGGAUCCAUGUGCAUGUUCGAAUGUGUGCCUUGGGGCAAGGUUAUUUCCGUUCCUAAGGACGCUACCGCGUACCCUUCUCGAGGGGAGUUUUACCACUUUGCAACUGUGAUCAUGUGGCAGGAUGAGGAGCUAGAUGAUGAAGUAAGACAGUUCCAAAGGAACCUGUUAGGGAAAGUGCGUGAGAAGGGACAUCAGGGCCCUGGUGGGCAAUAUGCGAACUACGUUGCAGAAAAAAUGAAUCCGAAGUUGAUGUUUGGAGACAGCUUAGGCAGGUUGCGGGUACUGAAGAAGAAGUUUGAUCCGAAUAAUGUGUUCUAUAAAUGGCAUGGUCUGUGGGCGGCCGAACCGUAA